CUCGACCCGGCCCACGCUGCCUCUUCCCCAGAAGGCCAGCUCCCAGAGCAUUGCCGACGCUUCAGUCUACCAGGCAAGCACUGGCCCGUCCAGAGAUCGCCUCGGUGCUGCCGGACCUCCGCCGUCAUGGCCCUCAUCCAGACCAGCUUGAUCUGGGUCGCAUAUGCCGUCGCCGUCGUCCUCCUGCUUGCAGUUGCCUCCAUCUUCGUCUUCCUCUACCAGACACCCCGCGACCGUGCCGCAUCCGUCACCACGAUAUGCAUCUUCACCACCAGCGUCCUCCUGGCCACGGUGCUGCUCAUGCCCGUCGACAUCGCCCUCGUCUCGUCCACCUCGCUGUCCAGCCAGGGCCGGAAGAAGGACUGGGCGACCCCAGAGCGCGUCGGCAGCAUUCUCUACACGCUCAAGAUCGUCUACUACACGCUGUACUCGCUUGAUGCCCUGCUGUGCCUGCUCGUCGUGCCCUUUACCUACUUCUGGUACGAGGAAUACGACGAGGAUGCGGCCGAGCAUGGCGAGCAGACUGCUGGACAAAGAUUCUGGGGUGCCUUCAAGUACACGAUCGCCUUCGUCGUCUUCGUCGUCAUCAUCUUCCUCGUUGGAUUCUUCGUUCCGUUCGCAAAGCAAGCAAAGGGCGACGACCGUCUAGACCUCGACUACUUCAAGCAUCUUCUGGCCGAAAACCAUGGCGAGCGCGCUCUAUCCUUCGCACUCGGUCUCCUCAUGCUCAUUGGUACCAUUCUCUACGUACUCUACACUGGCGCUGGUCUGGCGCUCCUUCCUGUGGCCAUGAUCAAGUCAGCUCCGUCCAUUUCCGCUCCAACGCUAGCCGCCAACACUGCGUCGCAACUCGAAUCCAACCGUGAGCGCCAGAGACAGCUCGAAGGCCGCGGCGAAGGUCGCCAUGGCGGACUGGACCCACGUGAUCGACGCGAACUGGAAGCCCUGGUCCGUGAGGAGCGGACACUGAUCCGUCGCGAGCGCCUUGCUGCUGAAUCAAACGGAGAGGACAGACAUUGGCUUGUCAAGACCUGGAUCAAGAUCGAGGCCGUCUUCCGUCCCCUGAAGCUCAUUGGAGGCCUUCUCCUGAUGGUGCUUGCGCUCCUCAUUUUCACCAGCAUGCUCAUCACUGGCAUUGACAAGGCCAAGAAUUCCAUCUGCAAAGCCGGCUGUGGGUACAUCCUGGGUCACAUCAACAUCUUCCAGCCGCUCAACUGGAUCCUGGUCAAGUCUUCCAAGGUCUUCCCCAUCGACUACGUCCUGUUCUUGCUACUCGUCCUGUUCUUCUUCUGCUCCUCCGUCGUUGGUAUCGGAGCCGUCGGCAUUCGCUUCCUGUGGCUCACCAUCUUCAAGAUCCGCAAGGGCCAUACCUCUCCUCAGGCUCUACUCCUGGCCACCGUCCUGUUGAAUCUUAUUGUUCUCGCCAUCAACUACUCCGUCGCCAUGGUCGUCGCGCCCCAAUACGCCACAUUCGGCCCUCAAACCUUCUGCGACCGCCAACCGCUGAUCGCGGGCGCGCAGCCAAGCUGCAAAGACUUCCCGGCCGACAUCAAGCCAUGCACAGAGACGGCGACCAACCAUUACGCCAAGGAUGUUUGCACGCCUAGCGUUCUUAGCACCUUCAUCAACCGCGUAACCAUCAACUUCCCGUUCUUUGGCGUCGUGCUGUUCUGGGCACAGUUUGCUUUCUUAGGUGUUUACCUCAUUGUCUUCCUCACCACACUGUUCAAGACCCCCAGGCUGGAUCAGGAACAAAUCGACCGUGACCUGGAAGAGGAAGAAGAGGAGGGUUUGCUUGCGAGCACCGGCCGAAGGUUCAAUGCUACUUGGCAGGACAUCACCGGAAGGGGCAAGAGGACGUAUGGAACCACGGAUACCAAUGGAGAGAGGAGUUAGGAAGCUAACUUAGGGAUUGGUUGGAUUGGUUCAUUGUGAGUGUUGUGUAGGUGAUUGUGGAUGUUGGAAAAACAAGGAAACAUUGUACACAACUUGCAUUACGUUGCGUCGGUACUUGGCUUUAUGUUUGGAUUAGGUUAUGAUACCUCCAUAUAAUGGCGUUGGGCGUUUACGUAGCAUGCGAGUUGGCUUAAAAUGAAGUAUUGAUGUCAAAGCGAUGAUUAUUUCUCAUCAUAGUUCAAGAUCUACGGG